GAUCGUUGAUUUUUCUUUUAUUAUCUUCGAGAUCCUACUCAAGACUUGAUUUUCAAUCGGUGGUUUAAUUCCUUGUCCCGAUUGCCUCCCCCGUCGAGAUUUCAAGAUGUAUCUCAAUGUAGAUGCUCAAAACUUCAAUCAAUCCAUCUUCAUACGAGAGUCUCGAGAAUGUUCAAACGGACAACAGUGGUAUGUUUGCACCGCGAAUAGUUUCCAAGGCUGUUGUUCUGUAGACGCAUGUUCAGUAUCAGAAUGUCCAGAUUCACAUACCGCUGCAGUCGGCGCAUCGAGUACUUCAACCACUUCUUCUACCUCCUCUUCUAAAUCUGCAUCUUCUACUUUCACUUCUACUUCUACUUCUACUACAUCAACCACAUCGUCUCAAACUACAAAAUCCUCACAAUCAAUUCUACAGACAACCCCACAGACACUCUCGCCAACCACCAUCCUCCUAACUACCACCGUCAGCAACCCAGUCAGUUCACCCACGCAUACCCUAUCCAGCUCCCCUACCACUGUCGCACAAACAACUCCUCCCCCCUCUUCAUCAAAUUCGACAGCAAUCAUAGCUGGAGCAGUCGUUGGCAGUGUCGCUUUAAUUUGUUUCGCAAUGGCUGCAUUCUGUUGCUUCCGAUUUCGCCAAAAGAAAAAGCAGGAUAGAGAAAGGAUUUUCGUCGAAUGUGAUAGUCCAGACCCGGAAACGAUUCAAUUUUAUAGUACGACGGGAAAGACGUUACAAACGCCUAGUAGUACGAGCACGAGAAGUCCUGGAUUUCCUGGGUUGGGAUUGGGGGAUGUCUUUGCACCAUUUGGUGGAAGAACUCGUACCGGCAGUACUUCCUCACCUCCAAGAUCACCACCGGGUGCGCCAGUCAUGAGCGAAUCCCAAGUUUCCGCCCCAAGUCACUCGAUUCCAACAGUUCAUCCAUCACUCAUUUCAAAAUCUCAAGAAGAUGACGAACAGGAUAGGCCACUAUCCCAUGACCCUGAAAAAUCAUCCCUAGUACCCCCUCCCGAAUCUUUACAUCCAGCUUUACAUCCACUUCCGGGAAUGCCCAGCCCACGACCUGUACAUCAAACUAGUAUGGGUAUCACUAUGAGUGAGCUAGAUGGAAGAGAAAUUGGGAGAAGAAGUGUUUCUGUCGAAGCAAGUGACAGAACGAGUGGAAGUGGGAGAAUGAGUGGAAGUGGAAGCGAUGGUGCUGUUAGUGCGAUAAGUAUGCCCUCACUUGUCAUUCCAGGUCCAUCUACGCAUUCUGUUCAAGGACAGGCACAAGGAUAUUGGCGUCCAAAUGCACCGACCAAUCUACCUUUAUCUCUGUCCGGUCGACCUAUACAAUCUCAUCGUCGCGGAAAUUUCUCAAAUUCCUCAAACUCCUCCAUCAUUCCAAAUGCAAACAGGGAUCAAACACCAGCAUCUCAAUAUGCACAAGCCCAGUACUCACGCCAAAAAGCACAACACCAAUAUACCCAACAACUAGCUUCAGCGCGCCAUGUGAAAGGUAUGCAUGCAAGUACAAAUGAACCACAAAACCCAUAUCAGAUGUAUAGAGAUAGUAGGGAGCACCAGCAGAACAUGGGGUAUCAACAUGCGUUAGUCAGGGCACAGGAAGGUCGUGCAAGAGCUCUUUCGGAGUCCCAAGGACAGGGAUACGGACAACCUCAAGGACAAAGAAAUACACAAAAAGGAAAGGGGCGAGAAAGAAUAAAUUCGAAAAGCCAAGAAGAAAACGCAGAGAAUGAUGACGGCAAUGAAUUAAGGAGAGAAAACAGCACCCACAGUAUACCUAUAGGACUCGGUUUGGAUGCACGACCUGCUCCCAGAGAACCAGAGAAAAACACAAACCCACGUAGUAAAAAUGCACAAAUGCAAGUGCACGCCACUUUAUACGGAAAACAGGAAGAUUUGCCUCGAGCUCUUUCACACCAAAGCUCCCAACCCAAGCAAUCAAAUACAACCAAGCAGACUUAUCACGCUCAUCGUGCAAACUCCGACUCGGUAUCUAGUAUUGGGUCUCCAAGCUCCACAUCUGCAAAUGUCGGGGCGUGGAAUCCAGAGCCUGUGUAUGUACAUCCAGGAUUCGAUUUUGAAUGUAAAGUUGUGGCGCCGACGCCUCCUCCUCAGGUGAUGGAGAUAUCAGGGGGAGUGGAGAAGAAGCGAAAUCAUGUAUUGAGUUGGUCUGAGUAUGAUACUGGUGAAGAAUUAUCCAUUUCGCCUGUUUUGGAUGGGAAGGGAAAGGGGAAGGAGAUUGUUAAGUGAUUGGAAGGAUCGAGAAAUCGGACGAAUGUAAUGAAUGGAGUAUCAACAUAGGAGAAAGAAACUGAAGACGUCUGAGUGAUAGAUAAGGAUGAUGAGGAGUUUACAUUUAUAUUUACGAAAUGCAUGAGGGGGCGUUUGGAUUUGAGCAUUUAUUACAUAUACCAAAGCGAUCACUAAUAUGAUACCAUACCAUACCAUACCAUACAGUAUGACACGACACAACGAAUUUGGAGAUGAGAAACUGGGGAGGAACAUAUCACAUCAUAAUGUACAUACAUCAGCAACGAACGGAAGCGAAGGGGAAGAAACCAGCCGACUGUGCAAGAAAGGAGAAAGAGAAAACGGGCAUGCUCGACACCCAGAGUGAAAUGGAGAGAGGAGAGCAAUGAGUAUGAAGGAGUAUUAAAUUGGUACCAUACAUAGUACGACACAUGAAUGAGUGUCAAGUCGUCAGACAUGGAGUUGAUUUCAAAUGUAGAUAAUGAAUAUGAUAAUGAAUAAAUCGAAAAAUGAU